UCAAUCGAGCGAAGCGGAUGUACUUACGGAUCUUGAACAAACUGAUUUGAAUUUUUCAAAACCUUCGUUGGAAAGUUAUGCCAGAAUUUCUUCCACUCGACUGAGCAUAGAUCGUAUUACUUCUAAGGGCUGACGUUUGAUAAUUUUGAUAGCUUUGCCACAACAAUUGGAUAUAUUUGACAUCCAGUUUUAAAUUUCACUGGUCACAUUUUGAUGUAGAUGACUUGAGAAUCAAACCGUUGAAAAUAUCGCGCCUUUUGAAUUACGAUAGUAAUGGCAUUACAUCGGAAAGUAUCUGGAUCGCCAGUUGAGGUUUAUAAGGCCUGGGUGACCUGCUGUUUAGCUGAUCUUGGUGACAACCGAAGAGUUACUGACUUAGCUGAUGACUUAAAGGAUGGUGUCGUACUGAGUCAGUUGAUCAAGUCAACCACAGGAUAUGAGCUUGCUCAAGGCCAACAGGGCAGGGAAUCGUCACAGUCACACCAAACAGUACGGCUUGUGAUAGAUUACAUGAAGGGAAAAGGAAUUGACAUCUGCUGUAAAGUGGAAGAUAUUGCAAGUGGGAAACUGAAAUUUAUCUUGGACAUUUUGUGGCUCAUCAUCUUGCAUUUUGAAAUACACAGUGCCAAUCGUGCUGCAUAUCAGCGGACAGUGAAUCUGGGAAAGAGGUUUCUUCUGGAGUGGUGCUGCACUGAAAUACCAAACAGUGCAAUUGACCCCAGAGGACCGUUUUUAGAUUUUCUUCAGGAUGGUUUUCUGCUUACCAAGCUAAUUACCAAAUACUGUCCAGUUGACGGAAUCAACAUAAGUGAUUCACAGGUGAUUAACAAAGGUUCAUUUGUUAACAUUUUGAAGACUGCCGAGGAUCGUCUGGGAAUUCCUUGCAAAAUCCUCAGCUCAUCAGGAAUUUUGGAUGGAAACACGUUUGACGAAUAUGCAGUGAUCAUUUACAUGGCUGUACUUAGACGAAAGAUUUGUGCAUUGAAAGGCGAGGAACCCAUCAAGGGAGGAGUGAAGACAGAACCUUCUCCAUCCAAACAGAGGAAUCAACUGAAUGGAGACAGUUCCUUCAGCUACUCCCCGAGCAAAUUUCCACAUAACAAAACCUCGCUGGUUGACUCAUCUUUGUCUCCCACAUCACUGAGGACCCUUGUUGAUCACCACACCAAGUCUCAUGCAGCAAUUCAAGCUUUACAAGAACGCAUACAAUCAGUUACCCAUCUGGCUUCUACACCAAAGCUACAGAAGAAACUACCUGAGUCCCUGUUUAUUAAAAGCAUGUCACCUACUCCCAUCGAGGGGAUAUCGCUAACGUCGUCCUCAGAGGAUGUUACCACUAAAGAGAAAGACAGUUUCCCUGUACAAGUUAUACCAGCGGAUCAAAAUGACAAUGUUCUUGAAGUGAAUGGCGAGGAGCUGUUUGGUUCUCCUUUGCCUGAGUCUGACGGGUCUACUUCAGAUCCCCUCUACACAAGUGUGGAUAAACAAUUUCUUGAGCUGAUGUUGGAUGCUGUUCAAAAGGGAUUUAUGCCCCCUGAAUUGGCAACAGCGAAGACCUGGCUCAACAACGAUGGAGUAGACGUAGAUUCGCGAGCUACAAAUGGGGUUAAUGAAGAGGAGCAUCCGCUAAUCGAUGAAAAAAAUAGCGUGAAGGAAAUGGAGAUGAAUGGAAUGGACAACGAAGCGUCGCCAACAGCGACAGGUGUUGCACCAUCGCUUCUAUCAAACGGAACAGCAUCAGAGAUUGUUGGACCAACGUUGGCAAACGUUGAGCCAAUGCAGGUUGUGGAUGGACCUUCACUUGCAAGUGAAGAGCUGACGAUGACAAGCGACGAGGUGAUGCAUUUUGAAGAUAAUCAUUCUGUGCCUGACACAGAGGAGUCAGAAGUCUCCACACCAAAUAAAAAAGUGCAAUUUCUCGGGCUCGACACCAUAUUUGGCCAGAACUCAAACUCUGCUGAUGAGUCCCCGAAUAAUUCAAUCUCUCCCGCUCACGUUCAAGUCAAGCAGCCUGAUACCCAAAUGAAUGACUCUGACCAUAGUUUCGAUUCUUCUCUGAAAACCACAGUCACCUGGGCGACACUAGAUUCACCGGCGAAAGGAACUGGGAAUGAGAAACCUCAGGUUUACGCUAUAUCCAGUCCAUGGGAUGACCUCCAUAGGUACGAAAGAGCACUAUUUGGCAAAGACAGUGAUAAUACGGCUGACGGAGAUUGCGACGAUCCUUUCAUGAUGUACCUGAACUCUAUAGAGCAGACAGCUCUCAAGUUCAAGUUACAGGUUGAACAAGCGAAGGUAGAUACUUUGGAAGCUUUGAAAGUCAAGCUGGAGAAAGCGUACGAAGGAACGCCUUUGGAAGAUAUUCCGCUAAAAUUUCGGGAAAAACUUCAAGAAACAGUAGCUCAGAUCGCUUCUGACGAAGUGUCGAAGAAAUACGAGGCACUUGUUACCCAAGAUGAAGAGAUGAGCGAAGAAGAAAAUCAGAUUUUAGAAUGCAUGCGAAACGAACUCGAUUCAGUCGCUUGCGAAAACUUUGAGCUUCAUCAACAACUUGCAUUGCUGAAAGACUAUGAGAGGAAGUAUUUUGAUUUAAAGGAAAAGUUUGAUAGUCUCGAUGAUGGAAUGUCUUCGAUCCGAAAUGAGUACGAGAGAAAAAACGGUGAGAGCGUAUUUCUGGCAGAAAGAGUUGAAUCGCUUGAAAAAAACAUUGUUAACUUGCGGGUGGAAUAUAACAACGAGAUCACGGACUUGCAAAAUGAGAAUCUUCAGUUGCAAAAGACAUGUCUGGAGCUGGAGAACAGGAAUAAAAUUUUAGAGGAAGAAAUAACUGCUGGCGACGAGACAUCGGUUGUAAGUCGAGUGGAGGACAACGACAGAGGAAACAAAAGAGAGAGAUUCGUUGCCGAUCGAGAAUAUGAAAUGUUGCAGUUGCGCCUCGAGGAAUCAGAGAGACAAAAUAAAGCCUUGAGGGCUGCGGCACAGGCCGACCAAGCGAUGAUUCGAUGCAUGGAAGACAAAAAGAAUGACUUUGAGAAAGCACUCAUUAAAGCACAGGACGACCAUAGCAAUAUUUUGCUAGAGCUUCACGAAGCACAACGACAAAUCUCGUCGGAUAAAGUUAAGCUCUCUAGUUACCAGGAAGAGACCGAUGCCUUAAAUCGCGAAAACAAACUGUUGAAGUCCCGUUUGGAGAUUGCCCAGAAAGAGUUAGAGUAUAAUCGCGAGAAGCAGGGAGAGAAAAGCGAGCCGUGGAAGAGUAACAAGAGAAUGAUUUGGAGGGAGAUUCGCGAGUUAGAGACGAUACUAAAAGACGUUCACCGUGAAAAGAGAACCUUAGAAAAGAAAUACGUCAGCUUUAAACACGAAAGUGAUCAACUCACAAGCUCGAUGUCUCUACACAGCUAUUCGUCUACCGAAAAUACGCCGGACAAGGACCAAGUGAAGGAAACUGCGGGGAAACUGAGAAGUAAAUCGUGGCACAGUAGAACUGAAAUGGAAAUUGAAAGGGCUGCUGCCACUGAUUUUUCUGGUGAUGAUGAUAGCUUUUCCUCUCCGCCUCGUAAAGUUAAAAGCUGGUUGGAAGGUCUUGACAGUUCGAAGACUGGGUCAAAGGAUGAUGGCCAACUCAUCCUGAAUUCAAAAGAAGGGACGCCACUUCUUACCGACAGAUCUCAAACGAAUGGAACAACGAGCAGAUCAGCUGCCGACAUUGGGAGCCCAAAAAAAGAUGAAAAUGGACUUGUUAAUGAGCUCGAAGAACUUCGUCAUCACGUGGGAAGCUUGGAGGCCGAGAAGGCCGCCAUCGUGAAAGAGCUCAGCUCGCUUCGUUUCAGCAGAAUCACUAGAUAACAAGGAGGGAUACCAGUUCGCUUUCUGUGGCAAUAUUCCUGUUGCAGCUCUGGACAUUGAUCAAACCCCGAUUUCGUGCACUUAAGGCUGAUACCUUUUUUAGACCAGUCCUUUCCUUGAUUUUCUUUUGAGUGUUAAAAGUGAUCCAGUAUUUUAUUGGAUUUUAUACGUUCGACCACUGAUCGGUUCAGAAGUGUGGUGCCACCCUACUGGUCAAGCAGUUGUAAAGUCAAAAACAAUUACUUAUUGGUCGCCGCAUUUCUCAGUCUUUAAAGCCGUCUUCCUGUGUUUUCUCUGAGGUUUCUUAAAUAUUUCUCUUCGUUCUGAUAGACAAUUGUGGUGGUUUUUUUUUUUUUACAACAGGCGUUUUUAAUAACAUUGUCAAGAUUACAAUGGAUUACGUUUGAUCUAUUAUUUUAUCGAAACUUCAAUGGCAAGUCGCCAGGGUGAAAGGGGGAGGGGGAAAGAUAAAUGAAAGAAAAAGCGGAAGGCUUUCAUAUAUUUAUUCUUGUCGAUGAAAGAGCCUCAUGGAAAUCAACAUGUGUAAGGAAUCACCAUGUCCUUACAAAGAUAGCAAAGAAAAGAUUGUUUAAUUUAAAAGUGUCUUUGUUGAGCCCUUCGUCGGAGCCCUUCGCUCCGACGAAGGGCUAACGCUCGAAAC